AGCUGCAAAUAUCUCUGCAUGAUGGAAAUUACCAGAGUUGUAUUCAUCAGUCUUGUGUUGCUAUGUGGUGUCAGAGACGCACAUGCUGAUACCAAUUUGACCGCCUUGACUGGACAAGUGAGAGUCCUGACCGCAACUAUCCAAGCAUGGAAAGGAAGAGUUGUUAAUAUUAAGACUGAUAUGAAACAGCACUUUAAGAGGUGGGAGUCAUCACUGAAAAAUCAACUGACUGACACGUUCCUUCCUGCCCUGAUAAAGCCUCUAGUGAAGCAAGCGAUUACUGGCAUCCUGAAAGAGUAUAACAUUAGGAAUAUUAUCAGUGGACAUGUUCUGGAUGUAGUAAACAACAUGAAAGUCAGUGUACAAUACACAAAAACACAACUUCAGGCAGUAAAACAACAGUUGAGACGUGUUGAAAGGGAAAGGGACAAUUACAAAGAAAGUCUUGGCAAAUUGCGAAGCGAGCUGAACCAAGACAUCCACAGCUUACAGCUGCAGCUGAAUGAGACGGUAGCUGGUCUUCUUGAUGCAAAGAUGGUGAACACUGUGCUAAGGAACGAUUUAAUCACACUGAAUACAAGCUGUGUGAAGAUAGAAGAGGUUGAAGAGCGAACCAAUGAUGAACAAUCAUACAGGGAGGGUUUGAAGGAAAUGCAGCAAAAGUUAAAAACUGACAUUCAGAGGUUAAACAUUCAACUAAAUCAGACCAUUGAUGACCUACAUGAUUCAAAGCAAGUAAUCACCGGUCUUACAGAGGACAUGGUGACACUGAAUGCAAGCUGUGUGAAGAGAGAAGAGGUUGAAGAGCGCACCAGUGUUGAACAAUCAUACAGGGAGGGAUUGCAGGAAAUGCAGCAAAAGUUAAAAACUGACAUUCAGAGGUUAAACAUUCAACUAAAUCAGACCAUUGAUGACCUACAUGAUUCAAAGCAAGUAAUCACCGGUCUUACAGAGGACAUGGUGACACUGAAUGCAAGCUGGGUGAUGAGAGAAGAUAUUAAAGAGGUCGAUGUUACUGACAGGUCGCUGACUACAUCGUCGUUGUCGCAGGUGUCAUUCACAACAUCGCCCCCUUCGUUUCCUGGUGCUGCAGGAGCCUCGAGUGACCCGAGUUGGACCGAGAGGAGACCAGUGACCACCACAAAAAAGCCUGCUACACAGGCCUCGAGCGACCCGAGUCGAACCGCUUGGACACCAGUGACGACCACAAAAAAGCCUGCCACACAGGCGACUCCAUCACUAGCAGACUGCUACCGCCUUGGUGUCGCAAGCAGGACCGGGAACGUGGAGGAGGUGAAGCGGCUCCUGUCUCGGGGCGUCGACAUCAACUGUAGGGGAAUGGGGAGCACGACACCGGUGAUGGUGGCAGCAUACAGCGGACACAGAGACGUGGUGGAGCUCCUGGUGAGUAAAGGAGCCGAUGUGUCACUGGUGGACAAGGACGGUGACAGCAUCCUCCACCUCGCCUGUUUGAGAGGACACUUGGGGACGGUGGAGUUUGUGCUGUCACUGAACGUGGUGGACAUCAACAGUAGAGGACAGGGGAGCAUGACACCGGUGAUGAGGGCAGCAAUGGGGGGACACAGAGACGUGGUGGAGCUCCUGGUGAGUAAAGGAGCCGAUGUGUCACUGAUGGACAAGGACGGUGACAGCAUCCUCCACCUCGCCUGUGGUGGAGGACACAUGGAGACGGUGAGGUUUGUGCUGUCACUGAACGUGGUGGACAUCAACAGUAGAGGACUGAAGAGCACGACACCGAUGAUGAGGGCAGCAGUGGGGGGACACAGAGACGUGGUGGAGCUCCUGGUGAGUAAAGGAGCCGAUGUGUUACUGGUGGACGGUGUCGGUAACAACGUCCUUCACCUCGCCUGUAUGAUAGGAGACAUGGAGACAGUGGAGUUUGUGCUGUCAUUGAACGUGGUGGACAUCGACGCCAGGAACUACUUGGGGAUGACAGCGGCCGACGCGGCGAGACUCAUGGGACGUCAGCCAGUCGUGGAUCUGCUCGUGUCCCGCGGCGCUCAGUGACGUCAGUGUCGUGUUUGUGUAGAAGGUGGUGGAGGACGCUGACAGAGAUGUGGUGUGCCGUUCACGUCGUCGUGUGUAAAUAUGUCAUGAUUUUUGUUGA